AUGGCCAUCGACACACUCUCUCUUCAAGGCAAAAUCGCCAUAGUCACCGGAUCCGGCAGAGAAAACGGCAUUGGUGCUGGUAUCGCUAUUGUUCUGGCGAGGAACGGAGCAGCUGUUACCAUUCACUACGUUAAUGACUCCACGACACAGCGAGCUCAUGCCGUGGCCGACAAGAUCAAAGCAGAUGGAGGCAAAGCUAUCGUGAUUCAAGGAUCGAUCGAAACCCCGCAAGGAGCUCAGCACUUGGUGGACGAGACUCUGAAAGGCUUCAAUGCUGAUCAUGUCGAUAUCCUGGGUGUGGGCGUAUUUGGUGAGACUCUGAUGGCCAACCAAAGCGAUAUCACUCAAGCAUUCGACGUGAACGUCAAAGGACCAAUCUUUGUUGCUCAAGCUGUUGUGCCAGUUAUGCCACCAGGCGGUCGAAUUGUCAACAUUAGCUCCAUAGCAUCCAAGUUGGGAGAUGACAGUGUUCCCAUCUACGGUGCUUCCAAAGCAGCUAUUGAUAGCCUUACAUGGUCGUGGGCUAAAGAAUGGGGGAGAAGCAAGAAGAUCACCGUCAACUCUGUCGCUCCAGGGCCAGUCACUACCGACUCCAACCCGUAUGAGGAAUUCCAGAAGCCUUCUAUUGACAUCACGAGAGCUGCUGAUAGGGCUGGUACACCGGAGGAUAUUGCUGAUGCUGUGCUUUUGCUGGUCUCUGAGAAAGCACGAUGGAUUACAGGACAGUACAUCUCGACUUGA